GCUGCUUGGUGGAGGCGGUCGGGGCCAUCGCAAGCUCUCAGAAGGAAGGCUUGGUCGUCAGCUAUGUGGCAGGGAGCAUCCGCAACAAGAUGGAGCUGCUUGGGCACAAUCCCGAAGCACCAAUUUCUCAGCAGGACUUCCAGAGCUACCUGACUGACCCCGAGGUUACUGGGAUCUUGGCAAGCGUAAAGGUCGACGUGGUGGUUCUUGCGGACAUGCUCGAGAUGUUCUACGAAGACUUGGAGCGCACUGGUGAUGUGAUGACCUUCGAGAAGAUGGUAGAGCUCAUGCUGAACGGCCGAGGCUCGAACACGGCCACGGUCCGUGACACCAAGGAGUUGUUGCGGAUGAUAAAGUC